CCGGGUUACCAUAUCGAUGCUUUGAUUGUGUCCGGAUUGUGCCUCCUUCUACAGACCUAGGUGCUAACACUGUUUUGAUUUCUCAACAUAACAAUGAAUCGGAUUUUCGGUAGGAGUAAAGGAAAGGAUCCGCCUCCAAAUCUAUCGGACUGCAUUGGAAAUGUGGAGGCAAGGACGGAAUCUAUUGACAAGAAGAUAGCUCGACUUGACGCCGAGCUAGUGAAGUUCAAAGAUCAGAUGAAAAAGAUGAGAGAUGGGCCCUCCAAGAACAUGGUUAAACAGAAGGCCAUGAGAGUCCUGAAGCAGAAGCGAAUGUAUGAGGGUCAAAGAGACCAGCUUGCACAGCAGUCCUUUAAUAUGGAACAAGCAAACUACACCAUUCAGACCCUGAAAGAUACAAAAACAACCGUGGAUGCUAUGAAGAUUGGAGCAAAGGAAAUGAAAAAGGCCUACAAGCAAGUGAGAAUGGAUGAUAUUGAGGACUUGCAGGACCAGCUGGAGGACAUGAUGGAGGAUGCCAAUGAGGUCCAGGAUGCCUUGAGUCGGAGCUAUGGCAUGCCCGAAAUUGACGAGGAUGACCUAGAAGCAGAAUUGGAUGCUCUUGGAGAUGAGUUGCUGUUAGACGAUGACAGCACUUACCUCGACGAAGCCUCUGCUGCACCUUCCAUCCCUGAGGGAAUGCCAAGUGACAGCAAAACCAACAAGGAUGGAGUGCUGGUUGAUGAGUUUGGGCUGCCACAAAUCCCAGCUACGUAAAUGAUGGAUUAAUAAAUACUCUGUGUAUAUACGUAUAUAUUUGUAUAGGAACAUUGGCAUGAUAAUUUGACUGCCAACAUUAAUGUCAUUAAGCUGCAAACCUCUUGGUCUUUGUUUUGUUCCUACUGACAUGCUGGCAUGUGGUCUUGAAGGUCAGAAUAUGGUACCACCCUUAAUCCCCUUAUGAAAAAGAACUUUAGGAAUCUUAUAGUAUUUAACACAAAAUAUUAUAGUGAUCUAUAGAUAUUGUAGGAAUUGUAUAAUAUUUGGGGGCAUUCUAUAGAAAUACUAUAAGACUAUGCUAUAGGAACACUAGAGGAUACGGAUGUUAGAGAGGUGUUACAGAGCAUCAUAGAAGUAUUAUACACUACCAUAGAACUACUAUAGAAAUGUUUUAGCAUUAAAAUAGUAAAAUAGUUCUUUUUUUAAGAAUCCUUUGCCGUACCUCAACACCUUCAGUAUUCAUUGGUAUUGUAGUGGAUAGUGUAAUAUUAUGUGCUCUGUUAAAGAAUUGUGUUAAUUGAUGAGUUGCAAUUUCUAUGUGUAUUAUGGUGAUGUCUUUUACAUUGAUGUUACAAUGAUGUUAUAAAAUGCACUUUUUAAAACAA